AUGCUCAUUCCACCUUAUCAAAAAUUCCUGAAGGAUGCUGUUCAGCAAAGAACCAGGGAAGCACAAGGGAUGGUAGUGUUGACUCGUGAGUGCAGUGCAAUCAUUCAGCGGAAGGUCAUCUCCGACAAAAAGGAAGAUCUGGGGAGUUUCACUUUGCCCUGCAUGUUGGGACCCCUAUCUUUCAAAAACAGUCUCUGCGAUCUAGGAUCAUCUGUCAGCCUCAUGCCUUUGUCUGUAGCGAAGAGACUGGGAUAUCACAAGUAUCAAGCCUGCGGAAUCUCAUUAGUCUUGGCAGAUAGAUCGAUACGGUUACCAACCGGAAUGCUUGAAGACCUGCCUUUGAGAAUAUGGAAUGUAAAAAUCCCCACCGACUUCAUUGUGCUGGAGAUGGAUAAGGAACCAACAGAUCCACUGAUACUAGGAAGGCCAUUCCUAGCUGCAGCAAGAGCAAUGAUAGAUGUCUGUGAAGGCACAAUUGAGCUAAACUUGGGAAAGGACCUAAGAAUGAAGUUUGACAUCAAGGAUACAAUGAGGAAACCAACAAUAGAAGGUCAGCUCUUUUAUGUUGAGGAGAUGGAUCAGUUGGCAGAUGAGCUUUUAGAAGAGCUAUCAUUGAAGGAUCCCCUACAAAUUGCUUUGACCAAGGAUUCUUCAGAAGGAUAUGUGAGCUCAGAAACCGAGGAGUACAAGAAGCUCCUUGACACCUUCAGACCAGUUCCAAACAUUCUGAGCAUUGAGGGGUUGGACAGGCCAGUUUGCGAGGUCAUGGCAGUAAGCUCGAUCAAGAGCUCGAUCGAGUCGGGUUUCGAACAAGCAAACUCGAUCGAGCUGGGAACUGAAUGCAAAGAACAAGCUCAAGGAGAUUGUUCUGAGCUCAAGGCGCCUAAAGUCGACCUCAAACCUUUGCCUGAGGGCCUCAGCUAUGCAUUUCUGGGAGAAAACUCAACUUACCAUGUCAUUGUGAACUCUGAUUUGGAGCCUGAACAGAUUCAUCUAGAGGAUGAAAGUAAGUCAAGCAUUGAACCUCAAAGAAGAUUGAACCCCAAUCUAAAGGAAGUAGUGAAGAAAGAGAUACUCAAGUUGCUUGAUGCUGGGAUAAUCUAUCCCAUCAGUGAUAGCACUUGGAUAUCUCCAGUUCAUUGCGUCCCAAAGAAAGGGGGGAUCACUGUCAUUAAAAAUGACAAAGAGGAGCUGAUUCCCACUAGAACAAUAGUGGGGCAUCGCAUGUAUGUUAGAAAGAUUGGCAAACCACCCUUUUAUUGUUUUCUUGAUGGUUACAGUGGUUUCUUCCAAAUCCCGAUCCACCCUAAUGAUCAGGAGAAGACCACUUUCACAUGCCCUUAUGGCACCUUUGCUUAUCGAAGGAUGCCAUUUGGGCUGUGCAAUGCUCCAGCUACUUUCCAGAGAUGCAUGACCUCCAUUUUUUCAGAUCUGAUAGAGGAGAUGGUAGAAGUCUUCAUGGACGAUUUCUCAGUCUAUGGAGCAUCCUUCUCCUCAUGUUUGUCUAACUUGUGCAGGGUGUUGCAGAGGUGUGAGGAGACAAAUCUAGUACUCAACUGGGAGAAGUGCCACUUCAUGGUUCAAGAAGGGAUUGUGCUUGGACACAAGAUUUCCGAGAAAGGGAUCGAGCUCGAUCGAGCUAAGGUGGAUGUCAUGUUGCAGCUUCCCUGUUCCCAAGACUGUGAAGGACAUCAGGAGUUUUCUGGGUCAUGCAGGGUUCUACAGAAGAUUCAUCAAGGAUUUCUCAAAGAUAGCAAGACCCUUGACAAGACUUCUGUGCAAGGAGACAGAUUUUGA